AUGUCUGCUCCCCCAGUCCCUCCCCGUCCCUACGAAACAACCCUCAAUGUCCCUCCGCCGCCACCCCUACCUCCAGUGCCCCCAGCUCUCAAGAAGGAGGCGGAGGUGUACGACACACCGAGCCAGUACGAGCUCGUCGAGUCGCCGCCCCACUUUGAGAACCCCAUGAUCGCGCCCCGACCCCAUCGCCUCGAUCCAUCCAUCCCAACCAAUAUGGCGAGGACGCUGGACGAUCAGCUGCAGCAGCACGCGCAAUCGCCUUCGAUCAACUUCGCUCCUGGCUUUGCUCUUCCCACUCCCGGACCUCCACAAAGCGCGAGCAGCUGGUCACCGUGGGGCGCAUCGUCGAGUUACUCUCAGCCCACCGCCGCCGACGUCACCCAGUCGCUCGCCAACCUCUCCAUGGCACCCACCCUGCCCAUCUCCAUCGCCCCACCCGCCCAACCACCGCCUACUGCACCCAACCCCUACGGCUCCUCCCCUCCCCGCCAACAGCAAAAGCAAUCCUCCCCGCCCCCAUCCUCCAUCCCCUCGCUCACCGCCCCCCUGCCCGUCCUCUCCCAACUCCAAUCCGCCAGUGCCAUCGUCCAAGGGCCGACGCACGACCCAGCGCUCAAGGUUGCCUGGUGCCGCGACGUCUUCUUCCUCGUCGAGUGUGCGCUGCCCAACCCUGCCCCAUCCACCGACCCCGUCGUCGGCCCCAUCACCAUACCCAACCCCGACCUCGCCAAGCUCGCACACGCCGCCGUCCCCCUCUGCCUCUCCAUCGCGUCCUCCUUCACCCCUGCCCCAGGUGCGAAGAUGCCGGCUUACGUUGCAGAGGCGAUCGCGAUGCGUGCCGCCCUCGCGUCGACAGGCGCGUACCCCGAGUUCGUGCGGCACAACCCGCGGCAGGCGUUCCGCGACUUCGAAGCGGCGGCGCGGGGCGGGUACGCAGCUGCGUGGUUCCGGCUCGGGCGGGACUAUGAGAACUUCAACGACCACGCGCACGCAAAGGAGUGUUUUGAGCGCGGUGUCAAGCUCGGUGUCGAAAGCUGCCUCUACCGAAUGGGCAUGGCCCACCUCCUCGGCCAGCUCUCCCUCCCCUCCAACCCGCCCCUCGCCCUCCCGCUCCUGCACCGCGCAGCAACCCUCGCCACGCUCGACUGCCCGCAGCCCGCCUACGUCUACGCCCUCCUCCUCCUCUCCGAGUUCACCCAGCUCACCGUGCCCCCCGCCCUCUUCUCCCCCUUCAUCCCCCCGGGGUCCUCCCCCACCCUCGAAGCCCGCAAACACCUCGAGCGCGCGGCGUACCUCCACUUCCCCGCAGCCCAGUACAAGCUCGGGCACGCGUACGAGUUCGCGGAGGCGCCCUUCCCGUUCGACCCGUUGCUCUCCGUGCAGUACUACUCCCUUGCGAGCCAGCAGGGCGAGGUCGAGGCGGAUAUGGCUCUCAGCAAGUGGUUCCUCUGUGGGAGCGGGGGUGCGGCGCUGGGUGCGAGCCCGUAUGGCCCGGGGAGCGGACAAGGGGGGUUCGAGAAGGACGAAGGGCUCGCGCUCACCUUCGCCCAAAAAGCCGCGCGCAAGGGCCUCCCCUCCGCCGAGUUCGCGAUGGGGUACUACGCCGAAGUCGGGGUCGGCAGACCCAAAGAUCUACGUUCUGCUUUAGCAUGGUACGCCAAGGCCGCGGAGCAUGGGAACGACGACGCCCGUGAACGCCUCGGCGCACUUCAGCCCAACGGACCUGGGAGGGGUGAGGGUGACGUGGAUGGAGGCAAGGCGCUCUCGCGGCAGGAGCACGAGAGCAUCACGCAGCAGAAGUUGGUCAGGAGACGGACGCUGGCGGCGCAGAAGGCGGAGACGCAGCCGCUCAGCCCGCCGUGGGAGGGGAGGACGUUCCCUACUCUUAGUCAGGCCCAAGCACAGGCGCAGCAGAGUCAAGGGCAGAACCAAAGCCAAAACGCGCAAGGAGGGAUGGGAGUGGGAGGUAUGGGCGGUAUCGCAGGCCGGCGACGCGAAGACGGAAGGCUGGUCGUUGAGGUUAUCCGGAAGAACUCGAUGGCGCAUGGAUAUAACCCCUCGUCGUCGUCUUCUUAUCCUACGUCCUCCUCUUCUUAUCCUACCUCCUCGUCCUCAGCACCCUCAGGAAGCGGUGGUGGUGGUGGUGGUGGGAAGCUGGCGGCGCUGAGAGAACAAUCACCCUCCCGCUCCGGUGGGCGACACCGCUACGACUCCGAAAGUGGCCACUCCUCACCACAGCGGAUCGGGAGCCCCGCCCGCGGGAGGCGCACGGAGAGCCCGAGUCGGGUUGGGGCCAAUGCGUCGUACUCCUCGUCCUCCUCUUACGGUGCGUCCAACCCCUCCUCUUACGCCGCCUCGGGAUCAAGCCCCGGGCGUCACGGAGGCGUCGGCCCAAGCGUGAACGCACCCCCCACACCCACGACACCCACCGGCCACAGCUCCCGCCCAACAGGCGGUCGGGCACCGUCCCCCGGUCGACCCGUAGGUGGGAGGGCGCAGAGCCCAGGCAGGCUGGGGAGGAUGAGGUUGAACUUGGAUGACCCGCCUGUUCCUGACCAGUCUUCUUCGUACCCUUCAUCGUCGUACCCUGGAGGACAAGGGCAGGGAGGAGGGCCAGGAACAGGGACACCGAUGACGAGUAUGAGCAUGACGCCGUUGAGGCCGCCGCAGACCGCCGGAGCAGGAGGAGCAGGAGGGAAGCCGCAGACGUUCGCGGAGAUGGGGUUCCACGGGACGAAAGUCGAGGAUGAGAAGUGUGUUGUCAUGUGA